AUGUCCAAGGUUUUCACCCAAAGCGACGUCGCGUCGCACAACAAGCCUGAUGACUUGUACAUCAUCGUGGACGGCGACGUCUACGACUUGACCAAGUUCCAGGAUGAGCACCCCGGCGGCAAGAAGAUCCUCACCCGAGUGGCAGGAAAGGAUGCCUCCAAGGCGUUCUGGAAGUACCACAACGAGGGCAUCCUCAAGAAGUAUCAGUCCAAGCUGCAGGUCGGCUCGUUAGACACAAAGAAGGCCGCCGCGCCAGCCCCCGCACCUGCUGCUGUCGUCAAGAAGGAGCCCGCCAAACCCAUAGUUAGGAAGAACAACGAGGAGUCCGAGGCCCUGGACCCCUUUGGAGAAAUGAUUCCUUUCGGCGACCCAGGCUGGUACCAGAGCUACCACUCCCCCUACUUCAACGAGUCGCACGCUGCUCUUAGAGCCGAGGUUCGCGAGUGGGUCCAGACGGCGAUCGAGCCCUAUGUCACCGAGUGGGACGAGAAGAAGAUGUGCCCGCCCGAGAUCUACAAGGAGAUGGGUCGCCGUGGCUACCUGGCCGGUCUGCUGGGCACCAAGUACCAGAGCAAAUACGUCGACAACCCUAUCAAGUGCGUGGCCGAGCAGGACUGGGACUUGUUCCACGAGUUGCUCAUCACGGAUGAGCUCUCGCGCGCAGGUUCUGGCGGCUUCGUAUGGAACGUCAUUGGGGGUUUCGGAAUUGGCUGCCCACCGCUCCUCAAGUUCGGCAAGAAGGCUCUGGUCGAUAGGAUCAUGCCAGGCAUCCUCAACGGCGACAAGCGCAUCUGCUUAGCCAUCACGGAGCCCGACGCAGGCAGCGAUGUUGCCAACCUCACCUGCGAGGCUAAGCUGAGCGAGGACGGCAAGCACUACAUCGUCAACGGCGAGAAGAAGUGGAUCACCAACGGCAUAUGGUGCGACUACUUCACCACGGCGGUACGAACCGGCGGGCCCGGAAUGGGCGGCGUCAGCCUGCUGCUGAUCGAGCGCGACUUUGGCGGCGUGACGACGCGGCGCAUGGACUGCCAGGGUGUCUGGUCCAGUGGCACGACCUACGUGACGUUUGAGGACGUCAAGGUUCCGGUGGAGAACCUGCUCGGAAAGGAGAACAAGGGCUUCCCCUGCAUCAUGACCAACUUCAACCACGAGCGCAUUGGCAUCAUCAUCCAGUGCGUGCGCUUCUCGCGCGUCUGCUUUGAGGAGUCGGUCAAGUACGCCAACAAGCGCCGCACAUUUGGCAAGCGGCUGAUCGAGCACCCCGUUAUCCGGUACAAGCUGGCACACAUGGCGCGCCAGAUCGAGGCCACGUACAACUGGCUCGAGAACGUCGUAUACCAGUGCGAGAAGAUGGACGACACCCAGGCCAUGAUGCUGCUGGGCGGUCCCAUCGCCGGCCUCAAGGCCCAGGCCACGGUGACGUUCGAGUUCUGCGCCCGCGAGGCCAGCCAGAUCUUUGGCGGCCUGAGCUACUCGCGCGGCGGCCAGGGUGCAAAGGUCGAGAGGCUAUACCGCGACGUCAGGGCGUACGCCAUCCCUGGCGGCAGCGAGGAGAUUAUGCUCGACCUUAGCAUACGGCAGAGUAUGCGUGUGGCCAAGAUGAUGGGUAUGAAGCUGUAA